UGCAGCGACAGCCUGUCAACUCAGAUUCCAAGCAGUGACAGUAGCUGGAGUGUGUUGGUAGGGAGACCGUGGAGGGCGUAUCUCCGCAAUGCCAAAUAAAGUGAAAAAGGAGAAGGAAUCUCCGAAGCCUGUAAAAGCUAACAAACCAGGAGGAAAAGAUGGACAAGAAAAUUAUACUGAACAUGAAGGCUCCAACAGGAAGAACAAUACCACCAGUGCCCCACCCACCACGCAGCUGCUGAAGGGGAAACAGCUCGGCCCCCAGACGCCCACGAAGAAGGAGAAGAGGCAAAGCUCCUCCCGCUUCAGCCUCAGCAACAACCGAGAGCUGCAGAAGCUGCCCGCCUUACAAGAUGUCCCGCCCGCGGAGCAGGAGAAGCUCUUCGUCCAGAAGCUGCGGCAGUGCUGCGUGCUCUUCGACUUCGUUUCGGACCCGCUGAGCGACCUGAAAUGGAAGGAGGUGAAGAGGGCGGCGCUGAGCGAGAUGGUGGAGUACAUCACGCACAACCGCAGCGUCAUCACCGAGCCCAUCUACCCCGAGGUGGUCCACAUGUUCGCAGUGAACAUGUUCCGGACGCUGCCGCCGUCCUCCAACCCCACGGGGGCGGAGUUUGACCCCGAGGAGGACGAGCCCACGCUGGAGGCCGCCUGGCCGCAUCUCCAGCUCGUCUAUGAAUUCUUCCUGAGGUUUUUAGAGUCUCCCGACUUUCAGCCAAAUAUAGCGAAGAAGUACAUCGACCAGAAGUUUGUGAUGCAGCUUUUAGAACUGUUUGACAGCGAGGACCCUCGGGAGAGAGACUUCCUGAAAACCACUCUGCACCGGAUUUACGGAAAGUUUCUGGGCCUGCGGGCCUACAUCAGGAAACAGAUCAAUAACAUAUUCUAUAGGUUCAUUUAUGAAACAGAGCACCAUAAUGGAAUAGCAGAAUUGCUGGAGAUAUUAGGAAGCAUAAUCAAUGGGUUUGCCUUACCGCUGAAAGAGGAACACAAGAUUUUCCUGCUGAAGGUUUUGCUGCCUUUACACAAGGUCAAGUCGCUGAGCGUCUACCAUCCGCAGUUGGCGUACUGUGUGGUCCAGUUCCUAGAAAAGGACAGCACUCUCACAGAACCAGUGGUUAUGGCUCUUCUCAAAUACUGGCCAAAGACACACAGCCCGAAGGAGGUGAUGUUCCUGAACGAGCUGGAGGAGAUCCUGGACGUGAUCGAGCCCACGGAGUUUGUGAAGGUCAUGGAGCCGCUGUUCCGACAGCUGGCCAAGUGCGUCUCCAGCCCGCACUUCCAGGUGGCAGAGAGAGCGCUGUACUACUGGAACAACGAGUACAUCAUGAGCCUCAUCAGCGACAACGCGGCCAAGAUCCUGCCCAUCAUGUUCCCCGCCCUCUACCGCAACUCCAAGACCCACUGGAACAAGACCAUCCACGGUCUGAUCUACAAUGCCCUGAAGCUCUUCAUGGAGAUGAACCAAAAGCUGUUUGAUGACUGCACCCAGCAGUUCAGAGCAGAGAAGAACAAAGAAAAAGCUAAAUGGAAAGAGCGGGAAGAGGCUUGGGUGAAAAUCGAGAACCUUGCCAAAUCCAACCCACAGUUCCUGGUGUACGUCGAUUCCUCCAGCCUCAGCAGUCCAGUGGAAAUGGAGACGGACGGGCCUUUGAUAGAAGACGUCGCCAUGCUAAAGAAGACCGUAGAAGAAGAAGCUACCCAGCUGAGCAGGGACCAGCGGAAGGAGCGGCCCCUGGUGCGGCGCAAGUCCGAGCUGCCUCAGGAUAUCUACACCGUCAAAGCCUUGGAGACUCAUCGCCGUGCCGAAGACAUGAUCACCACCAACGACGGUCACUAGGCCCCGCCCUCUCCGCAGGUCCUCUCCCCGUCCCCAGUCUCGACCGACCGCCGCGCUCGCCUCGGCCUGCCCCUCCGUCUCCUCGGCCGCUAGGCCCCGCCCCCUCAUCCCGCAGAAUCCACCGCGUUGAAAGUAGCGGCGGCGCAGGAAAGGGGCGGGGCCCCCUCUCCCGUAACCUCCCCCACCCCCCCCUCCUCCUCAUGUGGACUGGACGCAUGCCUACGCCGUCCCCUCACUCUGGUCAUUAGGAUUUCUGCAUUCUCAGGUGUUCCAUUUGAUUUGAUUUCUCCUUUUGUUUUUCCAUUUCAUGUACCCUGAAUGUUACGUUGCCUGGAUUGGACGUUUUCUUGUCAUUUCGUAAAAAAAAAAAAUACAAAAUAACAAUAACUAAUAAUAUAAAAGAGAAGCAUUUUGUUUUCCCGGCUAGGCUCUGGUUCCGAGCGCGAUCAAAACCGUGCCGGGGCAUCCACAGACGGGACAGAGACUGGUGGGAGGUGGUCACCCAAGUACCCAAAAAAGGGGGGCACUUUGGAGGACAGACUUUUCACUCACCUUUUUUUUUUUUUACGCCGGGAACAGCUGCCAGUGCCAAUAGCUGACUGUUUGUUUUUGAUCACACCCAUAGCGUUUUCUGAUUUUUUUUUCCCCAACUGGAAGGAUGGGAGGUGGUGGGGGGGGGGGGGGCGGGGCGAGCAGAGAGCGUUUCCUUGGCUCUAGGCUUUUUAAUUAAGGUAUUCAUUUUGACGUGUCACGCUAAAGAUGACAGAAUCGGAUGAGGCCCUCCCCCCCAAACAGAAUUUCCUAGAAGAAUGACUUCUGCCCUCCACUGAACAUCAGUAGGAACUAUGUCAUUUUGUGCCAUACCAAUUGCUUGUAACUUAAGUAAAAAAGAAAAAAAAAAACAUGCAUUUUUAACUUUUGUUUUUUGAGCAGGUUCUUUAGGCCAUGAGUUUGUCCAAAAUGGAGUGUAUUUGGUGGUUCAAACAAUGGUAGAUUUCUUUUUAAGAGCAACAUGUUGAGAGUUUGUUCGGGCAAGGUUUUUUUUUUUUUUUUUUUUUUUUGGUUUGUACAAAGUGUAUAAAAGAUACAAAAAAGGCAUGUUUCUUCUAUGGGUUUUGGAACACAUAUUUAACUAAGUUUUCUCUUUUGUAAGCUUGACUCUUUUGUAAGUUAAAAAGUUUCAUUUAUUUUUGUACCACUGAAAAGGACUGUGGGUAGUCGCUGUGGGCUGCGGAAGGAGGCGGUCCUUCCUGCUGGAGGCAGGUCCGUAGACGCACCGCCUGCCGCAUCACUGAAAGGGCGGGGCUUAUCCUGGCCGUGACAGAGACUACAAGACCCAGCCCGAGGAGAUGCAGUGUAGGGUGGGGGGGGGGGGGGGAUCGGUCUCACAACCAGACUCACUGUACCCCUCCAGCUUUAGGCACAGUCAGCAAAGUUACGCAGAGUUCCUGUCCCCGUGGGGAGAAUACGCCCUAGCUAUUUAAACAACGAAUACCCUAACUGACAAUACCCGGAAAUGUAAAUGGAGAUUUCUCGCAAUAUUUUUACCUUUUGCGUUACUCCUUGUCCAGAACAAGACUUCAUAACUAACAUAGGGGUUUGCUGGGGCAAGUUCACUCACAUCCAACUGUAAGUUGACAGGUCGUGAAGGACAGUUUCAUGAGUUAAAAUGCACGGCCUUUCUUUUCAUAGUGCCUUUAUUGUAAAGAUAUUAUGAAAUAUAAUUGCCCUAUUACUAAGAGAUGAGUCAAAAAACAGAUUCAGUGUCAGGCAAUAACAAUCUAUUCACAUAACCUAUUGUCGAGUUGUGAAAGCGAACAUGCAUGCAGUCUAGAACUGUUGGGGGUGCACUUUUUGAACAUUCCUGGUUUGAAUCUCACGUCAGUGCACGCAAAUGAAUUUCUCGCAUUAAAGAGACGGCAUUAUGAGAAAGUCCAUUCAACUACCUAUGAGCACUUCCUGUCAGACUUGAAUAACACCCUUCGGUGAUGGAUCCCGCCUGAAAUGAAUUGUCUUGCUGCCAUCCACGGUCGCUCCAUGUACUUCUUCAUGUACCAGAGGCUGUCCCAGCACAGAGAGGAGAAGGGUGCUGUUCUUUUUAAUAUUUAUGUGUCUGUGCAGAUACCAUUGUUUGAACUUCCACCUCCGUUAAACUGGUUUGUUUCUUCUCUAGAGCUGAACGGCUUCAGGUGUUCAGUGUGUCUGUGUUAAGUGAUUCCUGGAAGCUUGCGAGGUUUUUUUUUUUUUUUUUUUUCCUCUUUGGAGCUUGUUGUCAAUGUUUGGUUGAAUGUGUUCAGUGUAAAUUAAACUGCAUAUGACCACUUUCGGAAUUUUAUUGUUCUUUUUUUUUGUUUUUUGUGUCAUCGGCAAUAUCCACCGAUCGUGUCCCUUCCCCCUUAAAUUCACUGCAGGAAAUGAAUUUAAAAAGACUAUGCGGUUCCAGUGCGUUUUCUGUGGCAGGAAAAGCUGUCUGCUGUUUCUUGUAUUGCGGCUGUGGCACAGUUGACUUGAGCUUGGAUGCAAAGGCGGGAAAAUAAAGAGCAGCGUUUUAGUGAUGUUUCCUCCAUGAAACUGCUUUAGUUCAUUGCCCCCUAGAGGGAUUUGUUAUUUUUACACGCUUUCCAAAAUCCGACAUAAGUGUCCUUUGCUUUGCAACCUGUACUAAAUGGCUUCAUCUGAUAUUGUACAUAUAAUGUACUUUGUUUUAUGUAGUGUUGUAUCUAUUAAACAUUAGAUUUCAUAUUUUGUACAAAAAUGGUCCUAUGUACAGAAUAAAAGGUUAAUAGCAACUGCAAA